GGUUUCGCCGCGCGGUCCUGCGUCGCCCUCCGCUCGUCCGUCCGCGACCGUGAUUGUCCGCCGUCGUCGUCCGUUUCGCGCGCCUCACAAAAGACCGGAAAACCCUUUAAUCUCGAUCGCCACUUCUCUCCGCGCUCGUCUCUUUUUGUCCCCGCGCCGCGCCGCAGCCCCCACACACGCCGCUAAUUAAAGGGUCGUCUCCGCUUUCGCCGGCCUUUUCAGAAUAGGUUAUUUAAUAAAUGAGUCAGAAAACUUGGUCCCAUUCUUGCGAAAUGACGUCUACUUAAUCUCGUGACGUUUCCGUAAAGACGAGAUCAGAUUACGUCACGAAUCCAGGGCGUUUACGGCUGACUGACUGCAUUCAACGCGAUCUCAACUGUCCGUGGAAAAAUGCGCCGGAGAAUCGCAAAGGAAAACAUUUUCCCCGGGACAGCAUCGGAUGGCAUCUCUUUGACGUGAACGAUGUCUGAAAGGCCAAAGUUGCUGUGACCUAUCUGGCUGGCGUAACCACAGUUUUCAACAGUUUUGGCUGGAAACGUUCCUUGUUUUCAGAAGUGACUGCUGCUUAAAUCGUGAAUAUUCAGAUUAGGCUCGAGCAUGGAGUUGGAGGAUUUAUACAGGCGGUAUUGUGCUCGGCUGAAACAUUCCUUGUUCGUCGCUUGCCUUUGUUUCUCGUUCUUGUUGUCUUUAAUUUGCUUCAUCAUUCUUGCAAUUUUAUCUGAGAGUCUGUCGGGGCGGGCGUUGCCGCUGACGGUGCUGGGUCUGAUGACGCUGAGCUUGGGGGUGCUGCUGGGGGUGAGCCAGGUGGCCUCGCUGCUGAAGGAGCCGCGGGUGUGCUUGGCCCUGUCUCUGGUGGCCGUGGCGGUGCUCUGCGCCGGGCUGGGCACGCUCAUGGGCGCCGAGGCCUCGCUCCCGCUCUUCGCCGUCCUCCUGGGCGUCCACACCGUCCUCCCCAUCGCUGCCGCCCACUCCAUCGUCCUCGCCGCCGUCGUCACCUUCGCCCACCUCGCCCUCGUUGUCCUCGCACGGCAACACCACCCCGACUCCCUCUUCUACACACAGGUCGGGACGGAGACGCUGUUCCUGCUCUCGGCGAGCGUGGUGGGAGUCUACUACCGAUACAUGACCGAGGUGGCGCAUCACCAGACGUUCGUGGGCACGCGCACAUGCAUCGAGUCGCGGGUCAAACUCGAGUGCGAGAAGGAGCAACAGGAACAACUCCUCCUCAGCGUCAUCCCCGCUUACAUUGCUGCCGAGGUGAAGCGGAGCAUCAUGCUGAAGAUGGCAGACGCCUGUCAGGACGUUUCCAGCAAGCAGACCAGAUUCCACGAGAUGUACGUUCAACGUCACAAUAACGUCAGUAUUUUGUAUGCAGACAUAGUAAAUUUCACUCCUCUCUCGGAGCAGCUUAGCGCCUCGGACCUGGUUAAAACCCUUAAUGAGUUAUUCGGACGUUUUGAUCAAAUUGCGCAGGACAAUCAAUGCAUGCGAAUAAAAAUAUUGGGGGACUGCUACUACUGUGUCUCAGGAUUGCCAAUAUCAAGACCGAAUCACGCCUACAAUUGCGUCAACAUGGGUCUCCAAAUGAUCGAGGCUAUCAGGUUUGUUCGAGAGGCAACCGGAUUCAACGUAGACAUGCGCAUUGGUAUUCACACCGGCAAUGUUCUUUGCGGCGUGCUUGGACUCAGGAAAUGGCAGUUUGAUGUAUGGAGUGAUGACGUCACAUUAGCAAACCACAUGGAGUCCGGUGGCGUUCCAGGACGUGUCCAUAUCACGAGGGCAACAUUGAACCAGCUAAAUAACAAAUUUCAAGUUGAGCCUGGAGACGGACACAAGAGGGAGGCAUACCUAGCCGAUCACAAAGUAGAAACCUACUUAAUCAUACCUCCAUCGAGGAGGAAUGACGGUACUACAGUGGAGGGACGACUGUCUUGCGCGGGACUGCAAGAUGAGAGCAGUGGCCUGUUGAAAACUUAUAGGUCACCGAGCAAGAUGACCAAGUAUGUGGAGUGUUGGGGUGCAGAUAAGCCCUUCGCGAACAUCACCGAAAGCACCCUUGCUAAAAAUAUAGGUCUUACGAGUAUUGCAAUGAUUGAGUCUAAUUUAUUACCUCAGCAUAAUUUCUGUAUGGAAUGCAAGAAAUGGAUGAACUCCGACGAAAUGAGCCCUCUGCUUCUUCGGUAUCGGCGUGACAGCCAGGAACACAGCUUCAGGAAUUUGACAGACUACAAAUUUCGUCACUAUAUCUCUGCUGCAAUUUGUCUCUUUCUCGUCAUGCUUUUGAUUCAACUCAUAAACAUACCAAAGAGCCUGAUUUUCGUGACUAGUUUCGGAGUGACUUUCAUUGUUUUGUUGAUGCUCCGGUUCUUGAGUCGUGCCAAGUCGUUGGACGGUGACGAGGACAGCCGAAGCAGGGUCGUGGCCGGUGGCGGCGCCUCGGAACAACCCCUUGCGCUCACCUUCACAGGCAACUGGUGGCUCCGACUUGCCUGCUUCCUCAUUGUCGUCAUCUUGGUCUCCCUUUGUGCUGUCGUCACCUUGAUUGGUUUAGAAACCAAUUUGUCGAUAGAGCACAAUGAAGAAAUUAUUGGAAGGUCUCGGCUGAAAAAUUUCACCCUCUCUGUCUAUGAAAGAUGGGGCAUGGAAAACUUUUCGUUCGAGUUACUGCUGGCUGCACUUGUACCGACUUACAUCUACAGUUCGGUGCUGAGCAUCGCCGUGAUCUCUGUCUUCCUCCGAAUCGGGUUCCUUCUCAAGUUGAGUCUAAUGUCUGCCGUUGGUGUCAGCCACCUGACUAUUUACAGUUCUCUGUCUUUCUUCCGCCAUUACUACAACAUUGACACUAACAAAUAUGAAGAGGUGCCGUGGCAGCUACGGCUAUGGAUACCGCCGCUGAUCAUCAUAAUGGUGUUCCACAUCCUGGAUCGGCAGAUCGAGUUCACGGCGCGCUCCGAGUUCCUGUGGCAGUCCAAGCUCCAGGUCGAGCAGGAGGAGGUGGAGACGAUGCGCGGUAUCAACAAGAUCCUCCUGGAAAACAUCCUCCCCGCCCACGUCGCCCAGCAUUUCCUCCAAACGAGAAUAACCCAAGAGCUAUAUCAUGAACGAUAUAACUGCAUCGCUGUAAUGUUUGCAUCGAUUCCCAAUUACAAAGAAUUCUAUGAUGAAAAUGAUGUCAAUAAACAGGGCCUUGAGUGUCUGAGGCUACUCAACGAAAUCAUCUGUGAUUUUGAUAAGCUGCUCCUGAAACCCAAGUUCAGUUGCAUAGAGAAAAUCAAAACAAUCGGUAGCACUUACAUGUUGGCUUCCGGCUUGAGGCCCGGCAAGGAAGAGGAAGCGAGUGUGCAGCGAAUAAACAAGCAGCAAGAACACAACAUUGUGACCUUAGUAGAUUUUGCAAUAGCUUUAAUGACAAUAUUAGAUCAAAUUAAUAAAGAAUCCUUCCAAAGAUUUAAAUUAAGAAUAGGAUUGAAUCAUGGACCAGUGAUAGCCGGUGUGGUAGGAGCUCAAAAACCUCAGUACGACAUCUGGGGGAACACAGUCAAUGUUGCCUCCCGUAUGGAUAGCUGUGGAGUCAUGGGCCAAUUACAGGUCACUGAGGACACCGCAAAAAUUUUGAUUGGUGCAGGCUACGACUGUGUGUGUCGAGGCCCGACUUACGUCAAAGGAAAGGGAACUUUAACAACAUACUUCGUUAACACGCCUUUCUCGGAUAAAUAACCCUCUCAUCAGAGUCAUUUUGCGCAUGAGAGAGUCAAAAUGCUGGAAAACACUGGAUUAAGAAGGCAAAAUCUGCACAUGCUAAGUGAAAUUUUCCUGAUUUGUAAAGCCUCUUAUGUUAAAAUUGGACAAUUUAUUACAAACUUAGAAACAUCCCCUCAAUAUUUUCGUCUUCCGUAUGAAAUCCGUGUGAUUUAUAUUGCCUUUUACUAAAAUUUGGACACUUCCCUGAAAACAUAAUAUCUCUGCUUUAGUAUCGUUGAAAUGUGUGCAAAAUCUGUUCUCUUAAUCAUGUCUAAUGUCUCUUGUCUAAUAUCUAAUGAAGCAUUGCUCAUCAUAAUGCAACGGAUGGAAUCAUUGUAAGAAAAGUUCCAUAUGGUGAAUAUAGAGAUUGGGUAUAUAUAUUAUAUACGGAGGUAGGUAUACUGCACAGUAAAUAUAGUUUGAUGACCUUGAAUUGAAGGAAAGUAUCUGUUUGCUUCUGUCGAUUCCAUAUUAAAAUAUUAAAUCAACAGAAUGACGA